AUGCUAGCAUUGGCGGACCGGCGGAUAUUCCGCACUCAAACAACUCUUCGAUGGGCUCGGGCACUCGCAACACAGGCCAAAUCACCGGAUGAUGGCUGGCAGACAGUCAUUGGUCUCGAAAUCCAUGCCCAGAUUAAGACAGGGCGAAAGCUAUUUUCAAAAGCAUCAACUUCAUAUGGGCAUGUGCCGAAUACGAAUGUCGACCUUCAUGAUGCUGCGUUUCCUGGUACUCUUCCGAAACUGGACCUUAAAGCUGUGCAACUAUCAAUUAUGACCGCGCUAGCCUUGAACUGCGACAUAAAUCCCCGCUCGACAUUCGACCGAAAGCACUACUUUUACCACGACAUUCCAUCCUCAUACCAGAUAACUCAGCACUACAAUCCACUCGCCCGGAACGGCCACCUCCAAAUAGCCAAAGGCGACAAUGCCUCCCCACGCACCUUCUCUGUCGGCAUCCACCAGCUCCAAAUUGAACAAGACACUGCCAAAUCCCAGGCCGUCGGUGACUCUGUUCUAGUAGAUCUGAAUAGAGCUGGUACAGGGUUGAUGGAGAUUGUAACAAAACCGGAUAUGCGCACGCCAGAGGAGGCUGGGGCGUUUGUGAAGAAAUUGCGAGGGCUGUUGAGAAGAGUCGGGUCGGCGGAUGGUGAUAUGGAAAAAGGAAAUCUGAGAGUCGAUGUGAACGUUUCAGUCCAUCAACACGGUAAACCCUUCGGAACCCGCUGUGAGUUGAAAAACAUCAACUCUGUCCGCUUCCUCCAAGCAGCCAUCGAGUCCGAGCGUCGACGACAUAUCGCCCACUAUACCUCCUCCCCUUCUACACCCAUCCUCCAAGAGACCCGCGGCUUCAAUGAACUCACCCUGGAGACUUUUUCUCUCCGCUCCAAAGAGGAGGCUACAGAUUACCGCUAUAUGCCAGAUUCCAACCUGCCUGCUAUGAUCAUAGAACCUGCAAAGCUGAAAGAAGGUUUGCCAGAGAUGCCGUGGGAGAGCGUGGAGCGGCUCGGGGAUGAUUACGGAGUGACCAAGAGAGAUGCUGAGACGCUCUUGGGUCUGGACGAGUAUCACGCCACAGGCAUCGCUUACUAUGAGCAAGUUGUCUCGGGUGAGAACAAGAUUGCCAGAAAGGCUACAAACUGGAUCGUCCAUGAGCUCUUGGGUCAGCUGGGAAAGGUUGAUAGGGAAUGGACGCCGCAUGUCGUCCCAGCGCCGCUCAUGCGCGAGCUUGUACUUGCCGUCGAAGGACGAGAGAUCACGGGUACUACCGGCAAAGCUCUCAUCAAACACUUUGCCUCCUUAUCCCCUUCUUCCGAGCUCCCCGCCACCCUGGAUCCCAUUCUCGACCAGCUCGGCCUGACCCCGUCCCCUGAAGCUUCCGAGGAUCUCUCAGAAACAUGCAUGAAAGCCCUCGCCAACCAGCCAAAGGCGGUUGCCCAUUUCAAAAAGGGCAAUGAGAAAGCAGUGAUGCGUCUGGUUGGGGAGGUUAUGAAGAUCUCUAGUGGCCGAGCAGAUGCUACGAAGGCAAAAGAGUGUCUUUUAGAGUUGCUGAAGGAGUAG